AUGAAUGAUGAAGAUUACGAAACCUUACCUAUUUACCAAAUAUUUGAAAGAGUUAAAUCAUCACAGUCUAUUGAUAAAUCAAUUGAAUUUGCAAUCCAAUAUGUAAAUACAUCUGAAGUCCAUGACCAACAUAAGACCAUCUUAGAACGAUUCUACACAAUUCAGUCAGAAAUGCAAAUGUUCGAAAAAAUGAUGCCAAACUCGAGUAAUCCUUGGAAAACGAUGUUCUUGUAUACCACGGCCUUUAGACAUAUUAACGCAUGCAACUUAACUGACGAAUUUGCAAACGAACUUAGAGAAUUACCAAGUAAAAACCCUCAGAUCGAAGAUUUUAUCAACAUUGCUAAAAAUAAGAAUCUCAACAAACCUUGUCCUACUGUUAUGCCUAAACUUUACACAAAUGGCAUGUAUACUACACCAUUACUAACUAAAAUGGAAUAUGCCGAAGCAGAGCAUAAAAAGAGGUAUGAUUCAAUAUUAAAACUUCACAAUAUUUCAAAGGGCCUGAAUAAUGCGUUUUAUUAG